UCAGCCUGGGCUCUGUUUGGGAAGCCGCGCCUUCUUUUUCAACCGAGCGAGAAGAAGCAGCGAAGCGGCCAGAUAAGGGGUGACGAUGCUGGGAUUCCUGUGGUCCGUGUUGUUGGCCUUGCUCUUGGUCCCUCUUUCAGUAUUUGUGCUACUGCCGUAUGUCAGGAAGUAUUUUGGAGGAGGGGUGUGCAAGUCUGCAGCACAACUGAAUGGGAAAGUUGUAGUCAUCACGGGAGCCAACACUGGUAUAGGGAAGGAAACGGCUGGAGACCUUGCAAGAAGAGGUGCCAAAGUCAUCCUUGCUUGCAGAAAUAUGGCAAAAGCAGAAAUAGCAGCCCACGAAAUCCGGAUCAAGACAGGAAACCAAGAGGUUAUAGCAAAAAGAUUAGACUUGGCAGACACCAAAUCUAUCAGAGAAUUUGCCAGUAAUUUUUUGAAAGAGGAGAAAGAACUCCACAUACUCAUCAACAACGCAGGGGUUAUGAUGUGCCCCUAUUCAAAGACAGCUGAUGGUUUUGAGACACAUUUUGGAGUCAACCAUCUUGGCCACUUUCUCUUAACGUUCCUGCUAAUAGAACGCCUGAAACAAAGUGCACCAGCUCGUAUUGUAAAUGUGUCUUCGCUGGCUCAUCAUAUGGGGAGGAUUCACUUCCAGAAUCUCCAGGGUGAAAAGUUCUACUUUCGGGGCUUGGCAUACUGUCAUAGCAAGCUGGCCAAUAUUCUUUUUUCUCGGGAAUUGGCUAGACGUCUUCAAGGUACUGGCGUCACUGUGAAUGCCCUGCAUCCAGGUUCAGUUUUGUCUGAACUUACUCGCCACUCCUUUAGUCUAAAAGUUUUUGCGAACAUAUUUGCUAUCUUCUUGAAGACACCUUGGCAAGGAGCUCAGACCAGCAUAUAUUGUGCAGUGACGGAGGAGCUGGAGACAGUCAGUGGAAAAUAUUUCAGUGAUUGUAAACCAGCAAAUAUAUCAUCUCAAGGACUUAAUGAUGAAACAGCAAAGAAGCUUUGGAAUGUUAGUUGUGAACUCCUUGGUGUCGAGUGGAAUUGACCUGCAAAGGCCAGCUA